AUGGCAGACUAUUUCACCGCCACCCGGCUCUCCUGGGCAGUGGGCAUAGUCCUCGUCACCCUCGUCGGCCGCUUCCUCCAAAGAUUACACAAGCAACGAGGUAUGGUCAAAGGCCUGCCUGGCCCACCGCACAGCUACAUCUGGGGUCACCUUCGUGCGUUCGAUUAUGUCCUGCGGAAGCAGCCCAAGCGAGCCGCGCCACAAACUUUCGCUAUCUUCCUCAAAGAAGAAUAUAACCUGCCUGAUGUAUUCUACGUCGACGUCUGGCCCAUGGGAGACCCAAUUCUGAUGAUCUUCGACACGGAUGUCAUGGCUGAGAUCACGGUCAAGAACAGCUUGCCAAAGCAUAUCGAAGUGGACAAGUUCUUGCAGAAUUUCGGUGGUCCUGGAAAUCUUGUCAGCAGUGAAGGCGCACUAUGGAAGAAGUGGCGAAGUGCUUUCAAUCCAGGCUUCUCCGCAGCACAUCUUAUGAGCCUGGUGCCAGUCAUGCUGGAUGAAGGCCAAAUAUUUGUUGACAUCCUCAAGAAGCGUGUGAGGAACAAUGAGGUAUUCCGUGUGGAGCGCGACACCACUCGACUCACCGUAGACAUUAUUGGCAAAGUCGUCUUGGACGUAGAUCUCGCCUCACAGAAAGGCUACAACGAGCUGGUCGAUGCAUUCAUGCAGCAAGUCAGGUGGCAGCGAGUCGGUGUGCAGUUCAAUCCCAUUGAAAUAAUAGACUGGCCUCUACGCGACGCUGUUCAGACGUACUACAAUUGGAAGAUGGAUCGCUACAUCGGUAAUGCUAUCGACAGACGUUUCGCCAGCAGAGAGGGUAGAGGCAAGUCAAAGGCUGUGAUUGAUCUCGCCCUUGAAGCGUACCUUAAAGAGGUCAAAGGCGCCACUGGUGAAGUGGACUUGAGCAAGGUCAAAGGGAUAGAUCCCGAGUUCCGCAAGGCUGCAGUCAACAACAUGAAGACCUUUGUCUUCGCUGGACAUGAUACGACAAGUUCGACAUUGUGCUACGCCUACUACUAUCUGUCGAAGUACCCGGACUGUCUGGCGAAGAUCCGCAAGGAACAUGAUGAUGUGUUCGGCCCCGACCCCAGCGCUGUCACCGAACAAUUGCGAGAGGAUCCAAGACUCUUGAACAGGCUCGAGUAUACUCUCGCCGUCAUGCGAGAGGUUCUACGUAUGCAGCCACCCGCAUCUACGAUCCGUGCGGGUAUCAAGGGCUUCUUCGUGCACGAUCCGAAGACAGGAGAGGCGAUGCCAACCGAUGGAUUCAUGCUGUGGCCCGUUGACGUCGGUCUGCAUCGCCAUAGCAGAUACUGGCCCGAACCCAACGAGUUCCGACCUGAACGACACCUCCAUUCGACAUCCGCGCAUGGUGAGAAGCAAGAUGACUCCGCCAAUUUCGCUUCGAAUCCAGCGUGGGUAGCUUUCUCAAAGGGUAUCAGAAACUGCAUCGGGCAGGAACUGGCUGUUAUUGAGACCAAGGUUAUCUUGGCCAUGACUAUCAGGACGUUCGACUUUCAUGCGGCUUUCGAUGAGCUGGAUAAGCUGAAGGAUGAUGGGAGUGGGUAUCCUAGUGAUUCUCAGGGGAUUCAGGAGCAAUUUGGCGACGAAGCGUAUCAGAUUCAAUUGGGUACGGCGAAACCGAGAGAAGGGAUGCCGUGCAGGGUUAGCUUGAGGUCGUGA